CUUUUCUACAAAAAUGUAUAAGGGUACCCUUCAAACUUUCACUUAGUUGUUUAGGCUAUGUGAAAAAUCUGACGUUUAUUGAAUAAAUUCGUAAAUCUGAUGAAUGAUUUGUAAGUAGGCUCUUCGUGUUUUUGUAUGUGAAAAAAUAAAACUGGUCAAAGCAGAACUCCCCGCCCGGCACGAAUUACCGCAAUCACGACACACCCAGACGCACUACACUACGGCCGUACCAGAACCAUUUAAUUUCCAACACACUUGCAUUUUGAGCACACACCUGUGGGAAAAAAUCUAAACGUUUUGCAAAGAAAUAAAUGAAAAGAAAAUUACAUUUAUUAAGCAGUUAAACACGUGGGCUGACACUGCGGGCAUAAUGAAAGAGAGGAGAAGAACAGAUCUUCUGAACCAAGGGAGGAUCAAAAGGAAGGAGACAUUAAAGUGUUUUUAAAUAGCCUUUCGUUGUCUGACAGCUGCUGUUUUUUUUGUAUUCCGGGGCAAAAAACAGGUCACACGAGAUCAUCAUUUGAGCAAGUGAAAUACAUUUGUUAACGGCUGAGUUGGGCUCAUCUGGAUUCCAAUGGAAACGGGACCUCGCGCAGGGGGGCUGACAGACCGGUUAUCGCGCUCCAUCCGCGAUGACCGCAUUUCUUAAGGGCAGCGCGAGCGCGCGCACUGAUGCUCACGCUCACUCUAGUUUGAGUCGUUUGGUAAGAACGAGACGUGUCGAGCACUGUCAAUUCCGCUGAAAAAAGGUGGGGGAAAGACUAUUUUCACAGUGUUGUGUGAACCGUCGGGGAAUCCAUCUUAGAGGGUGGAACAGCCGCUCAAAACGUGAACGAGUAACAGACGCCUAUCAUUUGUUUUAGGGGAACGCAUCCCGAUAGUUCGAUCAGUGGAAUGAGUGUGGAACAAGGUAGGUUUGAAGGAAUGAUCCGCAAGGGAAACAUCACGUCGAUCGGCUCAAACUCCACCGGUCCGCCACAGUGCGUCGUGCAGCCUCCCGGUGGCUGGAGCCGCGGAGACGGGCGCUACCAGCCGCACGCGCCUCCUCAGAGCGGUUCGAUGGUAAAAAACCAAAACGAGCCCGCGGAACUGGUCAAACGUGCCCUGGACUUUAAGUCGCAAGGCACACAGUGCUACAAGGAUAAGAAAUACCGCGAGGCCAUCGGAAAGUACCACCGCGCGCUGCUGGAAAUGAAGGGUCUCUGUCGCGUGCUGGGGGACCCGGACACCAGCAAGUCUCCGUCCAGCAUCCUGACCAGCAUCAGCAAGUCCAGCCUGACGGAAGAGCAGAAAGGUGCGGUGGAGAACGCGGAGCUUGAGUGCUACAACAGCCUAGCAGCUUGUCUGUUGCAGAUGGAGCUAGUGAAUUAUGAACGAGUCAAAGAAUACUGCCUGAAGGUUUUGAGAAAGGAGGGGGAGAACUUCAAAGCUUUGUAUCGCUCUGGUGUGGCAUAUUAUCACCUGGGAGACUUUCAAAAAGCCCUGCACUACCUAAAGGAGUCACACAAACAACAGCCCACAGCUGUUUCCUAUUCGUGUUUUUGUGAGACAGACACGAAUGUUAUCCGCUACAUUCAGCUGACGGAAAUGAAAAUUCGUCGAAACGCCCAGAGAGAGAAAUGUGAAGUUCCAUAAACAGCUGUUGCUUUAAUAGCUUUCCACUGCAGACACCCCACACUUCCCUCAUUGCACUCUCUAUGGACGAGGUUUGGUAUUUCAUGGGAUACUAUUCCGGUGAAGAUCAACACACCUGUGUCAGCUGUCGUCCUGUCAGAAAUCUUCUCUGGCUCAGACUGAAGAGCUGAAUCAAGUGUGCUGAAGGAGAUCCGAGUGGAGAUCUUAAGACAACUCAAUGCCAUUUAUUAUACUUUUUGAAGUAUAGCGAUUAUUGCUAUCAAGAGGUGCGCUUUAUGUCACUGUGUUUCAUUACAGAUCUUAUGAGGUGAUUGGGGUCUAAAAAGUUGUGCUCCACAGAACAUAAGCAGAUUAUUUUGUAGUUCCCAUAGUGUUCUCUUAUAUUAUUAUUUUUAGACCGUGACAACUGUUUUUAUCAGAAAUUCUGAAUUAGAGAUUAGAAACUGCCAACGUGUGAACAGAUGUCACUUCAGUUUUUCUAUUAACACAUGAUGCUGCUUCAUUUGAAGUGCAAUUAAGUUGAAAAUGUUGCCAGCACUGAUUAUAUCAAACCUACGCAUCACUUUACACCCACAUUCACAUCGCAGUGGGAAAGAUCUGACAAGCAUAAUGUGAACUUCGGUGUACCGACACAUACACACAGUGGAGGUUUAUGAGCAUGUGAAUCUAGCACUUUCACACAUAUACAAAAGCAUGUAGGAGUAAAUAAACUGUGAGCAUUGUUAUAUUCCGGAGUGUUUGUUUUUUGAUUGUGCUGUGACUUGUACUUAAUGGUCUCUUAAAAUUAACUUUUUAAAUGAUGUCUGCUUUAUUUUUCAUCUGCUUUAUUUCUCUACUCAACUGGUUACUGGGUUUCACUUGUAGCUAAGCAGCACGAUUGGACAAAAUAGUACAAUUUAGUGUGCCGUUUUGGUUGCUAUGGUGAGGUUCCAUGGAAAUCAUCCUAAGAGACAGAUGGGAUUGGUGUGGUAGACAUGCUGGCUUUAAAGCAGCCGGACACAAUUGUGCGUAACGGAGGAAUGAAAACCUCUUGAAAACAGCAGGAUUUACAGAUUGUGUUAAAUAUGGAGUAACAUCAAUGAGUUCAAUGAGGUUGCUCACAAUACAAACUCACAAAUACAUUAUAUUUGCACAUUAUUUUGUUAGAGUUGAAGGAUGGUCAGUCAUAAAACACCACAUUUCAGCAUUUCAGGGCUUUAAUUGAGCUCUUACAUAAGUCUAAUGUGCUCAUGUGCAAGUACAAAUUUCAUAGCAGCAGGUUCUGAACCCCAAAUACAAAUCUCCAAAACAGAAGUGACCGUGCCAAUGUGAAUGACAAUAGAUGCUCUUGAUGUUGGCUACACAAGCCAGAAGAGGAAAACUAUAGGGAGAAUUCCUUGAUGCUCAGUCAACGCUGCAGAAAGUUCACUACACAUGAAAAUUCCAUCAUCAUUUAUUCACCUUCACGUUGUUCAAAACAACAACAUGACUUUCUUCUGUGGAACACCAAAGGAAUUAUUGUUAAAACUGGGCUGGUCAGAUUUGUUAAACGGAAACUGAACAAAACUGAAGUAAUUCAAAAGCAUCAUAAAAGUCAUACAAUAACUUUUACAUAAAGAGACUUACAGGGAUAGUUCACCCAAUAAUUAAAACUGUCAUUAUUUACUCACUCUUUUGUCAUUUCAAAACUGUAUGACUUUCUUUCUUCCAUAGAAACACAAAAGAAGAUAUUUUGAAAAAUGUUGUUACCUGGACCCCAUU